AUGCUUGGAGCCGAUACUGGAAGAGAUACACCGCCAAGGCUUGGAGCUGACAUUCCAGCUGGAAGUGACACAGCUGACAGAGGUAGGUCUGAAACGGCACCAAGUCCACUUGGGAGGGAUAUUCCGGCUGGCAGAGAUAUUCCAGCAGGCAGGGAUACUCCAGCUGGCAAAGUGAUGGCUUCUGGGUCGAUCGUUGGAAGACUAGCUCCAGAUAGAAUGUCGUUGAGUGUAGCGAUCACUGGGGCGAGUGGAUUACCAGAUGGAAGGGUGACAUCUUGGCCAGAACAAAGGGCCAAGAAGCUCAGCAUCAGAACACACUUCAUUUUUAGGUUUAGGCUUUCGAAUGAAUCGAAAUGACGAAGUUUACUGUCUCAGUGAUUGGUUUAUAUAGUAAUGUUUUAAUCUGUCUGAUUACUGAUCAAUGCCAAUUGAUUAGGAUUUGUGGGACUGUAGACAAACAAAUUAUGCAUAUUUUUGUUAUUGUCGACAGUAUUUUGUAGAUUUACAUAAAUUUGUAAAAACAAAGCCUGGCGGACAUUUAUUUUUAAAAACCAUAUUAUGGGUAGGAGAAAGUCUAUUUUUAUCCUUCUUCAUCUCCUUCUCCAGCAGAAACAUAAUUCUCAAGAACGCUGAACGUUACUUUUCUGUUAAUUUUUGUGAAAAACGUUUUAAAAAAUUGGCACAAACAGCUAAACCGUUAGCGUAACUAAAAGUUAGUGUAAGAUCAAAUUCGUUCGCCCGACUAUGAUAAAGUUACGUUUCUUACAAUUAGCGUGCUAAUUAUAGGCCUGCUAAGUAGGUUUAAAAGGGUGCCUACUCAACAGGAUCAAAGCAAAUUUGAAAAGGGACGGGCCGUUACGUACCCGUGACCCCCCCCCCCGCCCCCGCGGGGGCGAGCAAAAUACCCGCGCUCGGGUACGGGUAUUCCAAAAGGUUAAAAAAGGGGUUAGUGAUUUUUCGGGGAAUGCAGUUUCGGUGAAUGCAUUUUCGGGGAAGACUUUUGGAGAAAGACUUUUCGGGGAAUGGUGUCAUAGAAACGUUCAUGGUACGAUCGAUGUUAACGUUAACAAUACUUAAUAAAGGCAAAUGUGAUUCAGUCAGUGAGUGUAAUGUGAUUCGGUCAUAUUAAAAUUUUUAUAUUAUUUAAAAAAAUUGAUAAAAUUUAAAAAAUUCAGAAAAAAAAAUUAAAUUUUACUCUAGGACGUCUUUUUUUAAAAAUGAUUUCAAAGAUGACGAGGAAACAGACGAAUUUGCAGACGAAGAUUAAGUAAACUUACUUUUUUGUGUUUUAAAUGUUUUGAUUUAUAAAGUGGUUAUUUGUUUAUGAAAAUUGUUUAGUGCGUUAAACGUUUUGACGAAAAAUACUUUUUUUUUAAAAAAAAUAGUAAAAAUUCUGGCAUUUAUGUAUAUUUUGGCGAAAUUAUAUUCACACCCGUACCCCCCCCGCGGGUACGGGGUGUGAGUCUCAUCCUCGCCUCAUACCCGCGGGUAUUAAAAUUUGGAUUUUUUCGCGGGGGCGACGGGUGCUGGUAUGGCAAAUACCCGCACCCGCAGAACACUACCUGUUACACUACUAAUUGAAAUGAAAGCAAGUGGUCUUGGUCAGUAACUGAAGGGUUUUCAGAUUGCCUUACUUUCUACAGCGGCUUCUAAUAGUUUUCAUAUACAUAUUACUAAUUGUUGAAAGAAAAUAAAGUUUUUGCCAUUUCGUGUUUUUCCUUGGCAUUGACUAUUGUUUGCUUUUUAAUAGAAGAUCAGCUGAUGCAACAAUAAUUUAUGAGUUUGAGUUGUCAAAGGUCUGGCAACUUAAAAGUCUGACAGUGAAUUAAUAUGCACUUUAAAGUUUUCUUAUUAUUAGUAAGUUUUGUCUCUGGUGAACUCCGUAACGGCAUAAAAAGUUUGCUUUUUUAAAUGCAUAACGUUUUGCUUUUUUUACAGACUUACUUAUUUAUCGUUUUAUCAUGUCAUAUGAUUCUAGUAUUAAAUGUUAAUGUUUUUACGUAGUUAAGAUAAAUUUGCUUAAUCAACAUAGUUCACAUAUAUAACUCAUAAAUUUAUGCUGCUCGUUUUAUUCCAAUAAAAAUUGACAAUGUAGCCGCUCACGUUAAAAACAUAAGGGCUUUAAAUUAAACAAACUAACAGUAAAUUGUAACACUCAUUAAAAUAAAGAGUUACAACACUGUAAAUCUAUUCAUGAUUACAAUAUUGGAUUUUCAUGGAAUAGUGAUUAGAAGGCUGAUUCUUGAUGACAAAGCUCUUGACCAUUUUAAAUGUGACGCUUGGCACGAAGAGGAAGAUCGGAGACUCCAGGGAGGCUUGGUGCUGAAACUGGAAGAGAUACAUCACCAACGCUUGGUACUGUCACUGGGAGAGAUACUCCACCAACACUUGGAAGCGAUACUCCAUCAAGACCAGGUAGAGAUACUGGAAGAGAGGCUCCACUGAUGCUUGGGAGGGUAAUACCAGCUGGAAGAGAUACUGGCAGGGUCACAGCGUUAGGAUCGAUGGUUGGCAGACUGAUCGCACUCAAAAUGGAGUUCAGUUCAGCGAUAAUCGAGGCCACUGAUGGAUCUGCUUGACGCUUCUUUCUGCCCAAGGUUGGAAGAUCUGACACUCCAGGGAUGCUUGGAGCCGAUACUGGAAGAGAUACACCGCCAAGGCUUGGAGCUGACACUCCAGCUGGAAGUGACACAGCUGACAGAGGUAGGUCUGAAACGGCACCAAGUCCACUUGGGAGGGAUAUUCCGGCUGGCAGAGAUAUUCCAGCAGGCAGGGAUACUCCAGCUGGCAAAGUGAUGGCUUCUGGGUCGAUCGUUGGAAGACUAGCUCCAGAUAGAAUGUCGUUGAGUGUAGCGAUCACUGGGGCGAGUGGAUUACCAGAUGGAAGGGUGACAUCUUGGCCAGAACAAAGGGCCAAGAAGCUCAGCAUCAGAACACACUUCAUUUUUAGGUUUAGGCUUUCGAAUGAAUCGAAAUGA